AUGAACGGCCCCAGCUCAGCUACUCUUCGCUCCAAGCGGAAGGAGCCGCCACAUGCCCUUGACUCGCGGCAUCCCAAGCAUCACCGUACCAACGGAGGAGACGUGGCGUCGAGCGGCGAUAGCUCGCCCGCUCGCCAGGACGGCUUCGAAGACGACUUUGAAGACUCGAGGCUGCCGAGCGCCCUCCUCCCCACCGGCCCCGACACAGCCGAGUGGCAGGCCACCAUAGAGUCUGUCGUGCGCAACGUCGUCUCGAUCCGCUUUUGCCAGACGUGCUCCUUCGACACCGACCCGGCCCUGACCAGCGAGGCCACAGGCUUUGUCGUCGAUGCCGAAAGAGGGUACAUCUUGACUAACCGGCACGUUGUUGGCUCUGGCCCCUUCUGGGGAUAUUGCAUCUUCGAUAACCAUGAAGAGGUCGACGCCUACCCCGUCUACCGCGACCCCGUCCACGACUUUGGCAUCCUCAAGUUUGACCCCAAGGCCAUCAAGUAUAUGCCAGUGGAUGCGCUGGUGCUGCGGCCUGACCUGGCAAAGGUUGGUGUCGAGAUCAGAGUCGUUGGUAACGAUGCCGGAGAAAAGCUCAGCAUUCUGUCCGGCGUCAUAAGUAGGCUGGAUCGCAAUGCCCCCGAGUACGGCGAAGGAUACAGCGACUUCAAUACGUGCUACUAUCAGGCUAGCGCAGCCGCUAGCGGAGGUAGCUCGGGCAGUCCCGUGGUGAAUAUCGACGGGUAUGCCGUCGCGCUCCAGGCCGGCGGCAGAGCAGACGGCGCCUCGACCGACUAUUUCCUUCCCUUGGACAGACCGCUACGCGCUCUCAAAUGUCUGCAGGAGGGGAAGCCCAUCACACGAGGUGACAUCCAGUGCCAGUUCCUGCUCAAGCCGUUUGACGAGUGCCGGAGAUUAGGCCUAGGCCCGGAAUGGGAGGCCCAGAUGAGAAAAGCCUUCCCCAAAGAAACCAAUAUGCUGGUUGCCGAGAUCGUGCUUCCCGACGGCCCGUCGUAUAAGAAGGUCGAGGAGGGCGAUGUCUUGGUCAAGGUGAACGGCGAGAUGCUUACCGAGUUUAUCCGUCUCGACGACAUCCUGGACUCCAACGUCGGCAGCACUGUUAAGCUUCUGCUGCUCCGGGGUGGCGAGGAGGUCGAGGUCGAGAUUGACAUUGGCGACCUGCACAAGAUCACGCCUGACCGCUUCGUCUCGGUCUCGGGCGGCAGCUUCCACGACCUUUCCUAUCAGCAGGCCCGCCUCUAUGGCGUGGCUUGCAAGGGUGUCUAUGUCUGUGAAGCCGGCGGGUCUUGGCGGUUCGACAACACAGAAAACGGCUGGUUGGUCCAGUCGAUCGACCACAAGAAGACGCCCGAUCUUAACACAUUCAUCGAUGUGGUCAAGGACAUACCCGACAAGGCUCGGGUGGUGGUAACGUACAAGCAUCUGCGCGAUCUGCACACCCUAAACACGACUAUUAUCUAUGUCGACAGGCACUGGUCCAAGAAGAUGAAGUUGGCUGUGCGAAACGAUGAGACGGGUCUCUGGGAUUUCUCGAAUCUCUCAGAUGCCCUGCCUGCGGUCCCCCCCGUUCCCAGGACCGCCUCGUUCAUCCAGCUCGAGCACACAUCUCACCCGGCUGUUGCCGAUCUUGUACGGAGUUUCGUCCACGUCAGCUGCACCAUGCCGAUGAAGCUUGACGGCUUCCCCAAGAACCGCAAGUGGGGGAUGGGACUUGUCAUCGACGCCGACAAGGGCCUCGUGGUAAUAUCGAGAGCUAUUGUGCCCUAUGACUUCUGCGACAUCUCCAUCACCAUCGCGGAUUCCAUCGUUGUCGAGGGCAAGGUAGUGUUUCUUCAUCCCCUGCAAAACUAUGCCAUAAUCCAGUACGAUCCGAAACUUGUCGAUGCUCCAGUGCUCAGCGCCAAGCUCAGCUCUGAGGAGAUUACCCAAGGUGCCUCGACGUACUUCAUCGGCUACAAUAGAAUCGGCCGCAUCGUACAUGCCGCGACCACCGUCACCGAGAUCUUUGCCGUGACCAUCCCCGCCAACUCUGGGGCGCCCCGGUAUCGCGCCGUCAAUGUCGAUGCCAUCACCGUCGAUACAAGCCUGAGCGGGCAGUGCGGCAGCGGCGUGCUCGUUUCUCAAGAUGGCACUGUCCAGGCCCUUUGGCUGACGUACCUCGGCGAGCGUUCUAAUACAACGCACCGCGACGAAGAGUACCACCUUGGCCUUACCACCCCGACGCUGUUGCCCGUAGUGUCACAGAUACAGCAGGGCAUCGUGCCGAAGCUGAGAAUGCUGUCGGUUGAGUUUCGCGCCAUCCAGAUGUCGCAGGCUCGGGUUAUGGGCGUGUCGGAAGAGUGGAUUCGCAAGGUGUCGUUGGCGAACACGGCCCAUCACCAGCUCUUUAUGGUAACUAAGCGCACCUUUGAGCGAGAAGAGCAAGAAGGUGGCGCCCUCCUGGAAGGGGACAUUUUGCUCACCCUGAACGGCAAGAUCGUCACCAAGAUCUCAGAUCUAGAUGUCAUGUACUCGAACGAUGUGCUUGACGCCGUCAUCGUCCGCGACUGCAACGAGUUGAACCACAAGAUCCCCACUGUUGCUGCUGACGACGUUGAGACUGACCGUGCCAUCUCGUUCUGCGGCGCCAUCAUCCACCGGCCACACCACGCCGUCCGGCAGCAGAUCAGCAAGCUGUUUAGCGAGGUCUACGUCUCGGCAAGAACCCGCGGCUCGCCCUCAUAUCAGUACGGCCUUGCCCCUACCAACUUCAUCACCCACGUGAACGGAAAGCCCACGCCAGAUCUCGAGUCGUUCCUUGCCGCCGUGAUCAAGAUUCCUGACAAUACCUAUUUCCGACUCCGGGCUAUGACGUUUGAUAGCGUGCCGUGGGUGGUGACCAUGAAGAAGAAUGAGCAUUACUUCCCGACAAUGGAGUGGACCAAGGACCCGGCCGAGGAGUGUGGCUGGCGGCGCGUGACCUAUGAUGGCGGCAAGGUGAUUGAAGGCGAGGGCACGGACGGCAUCUUGCCCAUUGCGGAAGAGAGCAGCGAGAUGGAUGUCGAUGUCGGCGUCUCUAAUGACUGA